AUGGACCUGUCAAGUGUCGAUCGCUCGAGAACCCCCUGGCUCGUGAGACCUAUCAAGCGUGGAUUGGACCAGAACACCCUGCCUGGUGGUAUCCCUGCACGAGCCCUGAAGGACUUAUCAGCCGUGGAUCGCACCAAAACACCCUGGCUGGUGGUGUCUCUGCACGAGCCCUGGUACCACUCCAACAGCGAUCAUCAGACAGACGGACAGGAUAUGAGGAAGGCCCUGGAAGAGACGCUGUAUGCCGCCCGCGUUGACAUUCUGAUCACCGGCCACGUGCAUGCGUACGAACGAACGACCCGUGUGUACAACGGUCAGGAGGACCCUUGUGGGAUCAUGCACAUCACCGUUGGGAGCGGCGGAAAGGAUCUAUACCCUAGCUUCGUCUCCCCCAAGCCUGCAUGGUCGGCCUUUCGUGAAGCAGCCUUUGGCUUUGCUCUCUUCAAGAUUGGUGGCAGUGCAGCAGGGGAAGCGGACUGGGAGUGGCAACAAAACGACGAUUCCCCCACUGUUGCUGCCGACUCGGCUCGCCUAGUCAGCCUUGCCAGUGCCUCUACUCCUGCUGAAUGCCGGCUUGCGUGA